AUGGCUACAAAUGAUGAACAACUAGUUAGAGGUGGGAAAAAAGUUAUUGAUCUGAAUAUUGGGUAUCAUAGCGAAGAAGAUUGUAGUUAUGAUAGCUCAGGUACAGAAUGUAGUACAGACUCUGAAUCAGACUUGAUAAGAGAUGUUACUAUUGAAAAUGACAAUAUGUUAAGAAAUGAUCAUAAUUCAAAUGAAAGCAAUGAUAUAUUUGUAGAUGAGCCAACAGUCACAACAAUUGAAGAGCCACUAGUACCACCGAGUAUGGGCAUGACAUUUGGAUCAUAUGAGGAAGUUAUCGGUUACUACCAUGAAUUUGGAAGACAAAACGGGUUUCAAAUGAAAAUUAGGAGUAGAGAAAAUGCAAAAGGAGUCGAUUUUGAAAAUGGGAAUGAUUGCACAAGAUUGAGACUAGCAUGUACAAAAGAAGGAAAAUUCUUUUCUAGAGGGAAAGAUCCAUCAAAGGCGGCACGUACUCAGAAAACUGGUUGUAAAGCUAAGAUCACUGCCUCGUUUAACAUUAAUGCUAACGAAUGGAAACUCACUACUGUAGUUUUGGAGCAUAACCAUCCUUUAGAUCCCUUGAAUUCUAAAUUCAUGUCUAAUUAUCAGUUUAUUAGUCCACACAACAAGGAGAUUAUAAUCACAAAUGAGAGGGCAGGAGUACCUAUUAGUAGAAAUUAUGCAACAUUUGCUGUCCGUUAUGGAGGAUUUGGAGCUGUUCCUUUCUCGGAGAAAGAUUGUAGAAAUCUAGUCAGCAAGCAUAGACGACUAUGUCUUCAAAAAGGAGAUUUUGCUGCUAUGGAAAAACAUUUUAUUGAGAUGUCUUCUAAAGAUAAAAUUUUUAUUACAUGGAAUGCAAUCAAAGAGGUUUUUCCCAAUAGCAAACACCGAUGGUGUAUUUGGCAUAUUUUAAGAAAUGCAAAGAAACAUCUAAAUCCUUAUGAAGCAAGAGAUGAUAUUCGUAAGGCAUUACGACGUGCUCUCCAUGAUUCUCUUCAUAUUGAGGAGUUUGAAAAGAAUUAUGGAGAUAUGUUGGAAAAAUAUAAGUUGCAAGAUGUUAAGUGGUUUAAUGACAUGUAUGAUCUAAGGCAUAGAUGGGUCCCUGUUUAUUUUAAAGACGACUUUUGGGCUGGUAUGUCUAGCACCCAAAGGAGUGAGAGUAUAAACAACUUUUUCAAAGCAUUUGUGAACUUGAACACAUCACUGAAAGAAUUUGUUGAUCAAUAUAGUCUUGCUCUAGGCAAACGAGCAAAUGAUGAGGAAAAUGAAACUUUUCGUUCAAUUAAUAAGCCAACGAUGUGUUUCACUGAAUAUGUUAGUGAGAGUGUAUUUCAACGCCUUUAUACAUCAAAGAAGUUUGAGGAGUUUCAAGAUCAAGUGCGUUUGGUGACUUAUACUAGUACAACAAAAUUUCAAGAUGAUGGAAGAGUUUGUGUAUAUGACGUAGUGACAAAAAAGGCUAAGUGGCCUCGGAGACAAAAUUUUAAGGUGACAUUUGAUCGAGACUCAUAUGAUGUUAAGUGUGAGUGUAAGAAUUUUGAAUUUAGGGGAAUUUUAUGUUGCCAUGUAGUUCGUGUUUAUCACGAGGAAGAUGUUGAGUGUGUUCCCGAGAAGUAUAUCCUAUCGAGAUGGAGAAAAGACAUGGUACGAGAUUACACAACCGUCCCGGUUCCAUAUUACACCCCAGACAAAAAUCCACAAGCGAAGAGGCAUAGUUCUUUGUAUAGAGAAUUUGAAGAAAUUGCCUCUUUGGCAAUAAUAGACGAGAAACCUUAUUCUUUUCUUAUGGAAUCUCUAUCUAAGUUGAAGUUGGAAGUGAAGGCAUUGGGUGAAGGAUGUCAAGAAGCACCUCAAACUGUGAAUACAAUUGGUAGAGUUUAUGGAAGACAUUCAUCACAAGGAGGUGGAAAUGAAGAAGAGGAAAAUCGCCAACACAUUGACUUGGGACACCAACAAAAAGUCAAUGAUCCAGUAGAUCGUAGAGGUAAAGGAAAAAAACCAAGCAAGAGGAAAGGAUAUGGAAAUGAACAUCCGUUUGAUAUAUACAAGAAGAAUCAUCACACAUCUGAUUACAACAUUGGAUAUGGAGAGUGGUCACAGGAUAUACGAAAAAAAAAAAUUAUUACAUACAUGCUACAUGCAUAUGAAAAUAGUAUCUGA